UCUUUACUCCCGUCUUCCCCAAGCCGUUCCACGCCUCCCCUGUCCCUCGCCGUCGCUCUCGCUCCCGCGCGUAAUUCCGCCGAACACCUCGGCCGCGGGCACUCGCCGCCGCCGCCGCCGCCAUGUCGGGCUCGGGGUGCCUCCCGCCUGGCGAGCUGGACGCGCUGUCCAGGGUUUGCCGCGACGGGGCCGCGGCGGCGCGGCUCAAGACGGGGUCCCUGCUGGCCAUCCUGCUCGCCAGCGCCAUCGGCAUCUGCCUCCCCGUGGCGCUCACCAGGGCCUUCCGGGGCCGCGAGGGCUACGCGAGGGGCCUCCUCCUCGUCAAGUGCUACGCCGCGGGGGUCAUCCUCUCCACCUCCCUCGUCCACGUCCUCCCCGACGCCUACGCCGCGCUCGCCGACUGCGCCGUCGCCUCGCGCCGCCCCUGGAGGGACUUCCCCUUCGCGGGGCUCUUCUGCCUCAUCGGCUCCCUGCUCGCGCUGCUCGUCGACGUCUCCGCCUCGUCCCACCUCGAAGCCCACGGCCACCAGCCGCCGGAACAGGAACAUGAACAGCCCUACGCCCCAAUCCCCAAGAAGGCCCCCACCGUCUUCGAGCUCGCCGGCGAAAUGAGCCCCAGGAAACGCGCUGUCCUGGACGACCGCGAGGAGCCGGAGCUUCAUGUCAGCAAGAAUAUUAGUGGUGACCAGGACCGGGACGAUGUGGCGCUCUUCGGAGCCAAGAAAGGCGCCCGGUUGGUCCGCAGCGAUGAGGUCGUGGUAUCUACCGGCGGGUGCCAUGGGGGUGGGCAUGAGGUGGUGGAGGUGGGGGACGGGGAGGAGGAUGAGGCCAUGAAGAAGCAGAAGAUGGUGUCCAAGGUGUUGGAGAUUGGGAUUGUGUUCCAUUCGGUCAUCAUUGGGGUGACCUUGGGCAUGUCACAGGACGUCUGCGCCAUUCGGCCACUCGUCGUGGCGCUCUCAUUCCACCAGGUCUUCGAGGGGAUGGGCCUUGGCGGCUGCAUCGCGCAGGCUGGUUUUGGGAUGGCAACUGUGGGUUACAUGUGCAUAAUGUUCUCAGUAACUACACCAUUGGGUAUACUUCUUGGAAUGGCAGUCUUCCAUAUGACUGGCUAUGACGAUAGCAGUCCAAACGCCCUAAUAAUUGAAGGCCUUCUUGGUUCACUUUCUGCUGGAAUCCUUGUUUACAUGGCGCUUGUUGAUCUCAUUUCUCUUGAUUUCUUCCAUAACAAGAUGAUGUCAUCAUCCCUAAAACUGAAGAAGGUCUCUUACAUUGCAUUGGUGCUUGGAUCUGCUUCUAUGUCUAUAUUAGCUCUCUGGGCAUAGGUGAUAAUGAAAUUGUUUAGGAACCAUUCCCAGGUUUCAAAUUGGUGUAUUACUUGCUCCUCUGAUGUAGGAAUGAAUGCAUAUCUGUGGUCAAUACUCCCUACUGUAAAAUUGAAAUGCCACAUUAUGGGAAAAUGGAAAUCCGGCCUUCUGUUACUUUGCAAGCUGUCA